CGUUCACAUACUCACAUCUGUCAAAAUGAGGCUGCUUCGAGAUGGUUUGGUGUGCGCUUUGCUCAUCGUUUUCGCUGUAGAAUGUGCUCCCCGAGAGAGACGAGAUGCAUUUCCAUGCGGGAGCUAUGCGCACUGGGAUAUUGACUUGAGUAAAUGUGUCUGUGAUGAAGGAUGUGGAGGAUCUGUGGAGACAGGAUGCAUACCAACAACAAAUGAAGAAACUAAUGGAGAUGACAGUAGCAUCAGUGAAGGAGACGGUAGCAGCAGCAAUGAGGAAGAAAGUAGCAGCAGCAGUGAGGAAGAUGGUAACAACAGCAAUGAGGAAGACGGUAACAACAGCAAUGAGGAAGGCGGUAACAACAGCAGUGAGGAAGAUGGUAGCAACAGCAAUGAGGAAGAUGCUAGCACCAGCAAUGAGGAAGAUGGUAGCAACAGCAAUGAGGAAGACGGUAACAACAGCAAUGAGGAGGAUGGUAGUAACAGCAGUGAUGAAGAUGGUAGCAACAGCAAUGAGGAAGAUGGUAGCAACAGCAAUGAGGAGGAUGGUAGUAACAGCAAUGAGGAAGACGGUAACAACAGCAAUGAGGAGGAAGGUAGUAACAGCAGUGAGGAAGAUGGUAGCAACAGCAAUGAAGAAGAUGGUAGCAACAGCAAUGAGGAAGACGGUAACAGCAGCAAUGAGGAAGACGGUAACAACAGCAAUGAGGAAGAUGAUAGCAACAGCAGUGAGGAGGAUGGUAGCAACAGCAGUGAGGAAGACGGUAACAACAGCAAUAAGGAAGAUGGUAGUAACAGCAAGGAGGAAGAUGGAAGUAACAGCAAUGAGGAAGAUGCUAGCACCAGCAAUGAGGAAGAUGGUAGCAACAGCAAUGAGGAGGAUGGUAGUAACAGCAAUGAGGAAGACGGUAACAACAGCAAUGAGGAGGAAGGUAGUAACAGCAGUGAGGAAGAUGGUAGCAACAGCAAUGAAGAAGAUGGUAGCAACAGCAAUGAGGAAGACGAUAACAGCAGCAAUGAGGAAUACGGUAACAACAGCAAUGAGGAAGAUGAUAGCAACAGCAGUGAGGAGGAUGGUAGCAACAGCAGUGAGGAAGACGGUAACAACAGCAAUGAGGAAGAUGGUAGUAACAGCAAGGAGGAAGAUGGAAGUAACAGCAAUGAGGAAGAUGCUAGCACCAGCAAUGAGGAAGAUGGUAGCAACAGCAAUGAGGGAGAUGGUAACAACAGCAGUGAGGGAGAUGGUAACAACAGCAGUGAGGAAGAUGGUAACAACAGCAGUGAGGAAGAUGGCAGUAGCAGCAAUGAGGAAGAUGGUAACAACAGCAGUGAGGAAGACGGUAGCAGCAGCAGUGAGGGAGAUGACUAGCUGAAACAAGGACAAAACCUAUGAAGACCAAUUACGGCGUAUUUGAUAUUACACACAUAUUAUAUAUGAUGUAAUAAAAUAUGAA